UUCAAUAGAAUGUUUUUAUUUAUUUCUUUGUUUCUGGUACAAGAAAAACAAUAUCAGCAGUGCAUUUGGAAAGCAAUGCACAUUUGUGCAACCCAGCAAACGUAAUCAUUUAUUGGAUAUACCAACUAUAAACAGUAAGUGUAAUCGAAAAGGGGGAGAAUGAAGCGGCGCAAUGCGGACUGCAGCAAACUCCGUCGCCCGUUAAAACGGAACCGAAUCACCGAGGGUAUUCAUAGCAGUACCUUCCUUUACCUGAAAUUCUUGGUGGUGUGGGCUCUGGUGCUUUUGGCGGAUUUUGUUCUGGAAUUCAGGUUUGAGUACCUGUGGCCCUUUUGGCUCUUCAUAAGGAGUGUGUAUGACUCUUUCAGGUACCAGGGACUGGCUUUCUCUGUGUUUUUCGUAUGCGUUGCAUUUACUUCAGACAUCAUAUGCCUCCUCUUCAUCCCAGUACAGUGGCUCUUCUUUGCUGCCAGCACAUAUGUCUGGGUGCAGUAUGUAUGGCACACAGAAAGAGGCGUGUGUCUGCCAACUGUAUCCCUGUGGAUACUUUUUGUCUACAUCGAAGCAGCCAUCCGGUUCAAAGACUUGAAAAACUUCCAUGUUGACCUCUGCCGUCCCUUCGCUGCCCACUGCAUCGGCUACCCGGUGGUGACGCUGGGCUUUGGCUUCAAGAGCUAUGUCAGCUACAAGAUGCGCUUGCGCAAGCAGAAGGAGGUGCAGAAGGAGAAUGAGUUCUACAUGCAGCUGCUUCAGCAGGCCCUGCCACCAGAGCAACAGAUGCUCCAGAGGCAGGAGAGGGAGGCCGAGGAAGCAGCAGUGACCAAGGGCACGUCAGACGGCGACUCCACAGCAGUGUCUCAGAACGGCGCACCCGCCUCCAAGAAGCUGCCUGCCACGCUGCCCGAGCUGGAAUACCGGGAGAAAGGCAGCAAAGACGGUGGUGGUGGCGGCGGCAAAGACCGCGAGGCCAAAAAACAACAACAACAUCAGCAACAGCACAGCAUAGGCAUCAACAACAACAUCCUGCACACAGUGGACUCCAAGCUCCAGGAACUGGAGUACAUGGAGAACCACCUGAGCAGCAAGAGACUCAAUAACGAGCUGGGCGACAGCGCCGAGAACCUGCUCGUCCGAGAAGACAACAACUCCUCAACUUCCUCUUCCUCCUCCUCCUCCUCGUCCAAUAAGAACUAUAAAAACGCCACAGGGGGGAGCUCGUCGCCGCGCAGCCACAGCUCCACCAAUGGCAGCGUGCCCUCGUCAUCCUCGGGCUCCUCCUCGUCCAAUAAGAACGAGAAGAAGCAGAAGUGUUCGGGCGGGAAGAGCCCAGCUGCGCACAAGGACACAAUGGAGAACUGCAUCCCCAACAACCAGCUGAGUAAGCCGGAUGCACUCGUGCGGCUGGAGCAGGACAUCAAGAAGCUGAAGGCAGACCUGCAGGCGAGCCGGCAGCUGGAGCAGGACCUGCGCAGCCAGAUCAGCUCGCUGAGCAGUGCCGAGCGGAGCAUGCGCUCUGAGCUGGGCCAGCUGCGCCAGGAGAACGAGCUGCUGCAGAACCGGCUCCACAACGCAGUGCAGGCCAAGCAGAAGGACAAGCAGACCAUCGUGCAGCUGGAGAAGCGCCUGAAGGCCGAGCAGGAGGGCCGUGCCGCUGCCGAAAAGCAGCUUGCCGACGAGAAGAAGAGGAAGAAGAUGGAGGAAGCCACAGCGGCACGCGCGGUCGCUCUGGCCGCAGCCUCUAGAGGCGAGUGUACAGACUCACUGCGCGGCCGUAUCCGUGAGCUGGAGUCGGAGUGCAAGAAGCUCACGCAGGACAUGAAGCUGAAGGAGGAACAGAUCCGAGAGCUGGAGGUCAAGGCACAGGAGCUGCGUAAAUAUAAGGAGAACGAGAAGGAGACGGAGGUGCUGAUGUCGGCCCUGUCGGCCAUGCAGGAUAAGACCCAGCACCUGGAGAACAGCCUGAGCGCAGAGACCAGGAUCAAGCUGGACCUCUUCUCCGCUCUGGGCGACGCCAAGAGGCAGCUGGAGAUCGCGCAAGGUCAGAUUAUGCAGAAGGAGCAGGAGAUCAAGGAGCUGAAGCAGAAGAUUGCAGAGGUGAUGGCCGUCAUGCCCAGCAUCUCCUACACCAGCGAGGCCAACAGCAUGAGCCCUGUGGCGCCCCACUACUCCUCCAAGUUCAUGGACACCAGUCCCUCCAGCCUGGACCCCAACGCCUCCGUCUACCAGCCCCUCAAAAAGUGAACUCUGGCCUCCUCUCCACUCCCUCCCUCCAGCAAACCAUCCAUCUAUCCAUCCAUCACUCCAGCUCACCUUUCAUUCCCUGCCUCCAUUUUUGUUUUUCCCCAUGUUUUUUUUUUUUUUUAUUUUUAUUUUUUUUUUCAGUUUGGUUAUAACCAUGAAAAGAUUUUAUGUUUGUAUGUUUUCCACUGGGUUUUGUGGGAUGCGUUCUGUUGUUUUGUGUGUGUGUGUGUGUGUAUGUGUGCACAUGAGUGUGCGUGUGUUUUUUUUUUGUUUUGUUUUGUUUGUUUGUUGUUUUUUUCCCCCCCAGUUGAGCCUUUUUGUAGUGUAACUCGUUUGCUCAUUGGCUAGAGAAUGAGGAAUAAGGAGAGUAAGGGAUAUCAUUAACCAAGACUGCCCAUUUUUGUUCCCUCAUUUUUAUACACAUUAAAUGUCUUCUCAGAAGCCGUCAAAAAAGCUGUUUGUUUUAGCACCCACGUGUUUUCAUGGGUCUUUAGAAAGACGUUCUAGAGUUAAGACAGAAAAUCGUUUUGCCACUGGUUACUUUUUUAUAUGUCAAAAAUGGUGGCAGUGCAUUUACUUUUAUGUAAAUGUUACCAUCUCUUAAGUUUUCAAUGAAUGUAACAGAAAAAUGGAACAAACAAAGCUGACAAAUUAUGCUUUAUGUCAUAUCCUUUGAAAGGAAACAGUUUGUGAAUUCAUUUGUCCACUUUUUUCCUGAAAUGUUGUGAUUGUUUUGGAAAAAGCACAUUUCAGUCCAGUUAUGACCAUAGCAAUGUACGUUUCCUCCUAGAAAAUACAUUUCAUCAUUGGAACUUUUUGUUUUUAAAAAAAAAAAAAAAAAAAAAAAAAAAAACACACUUGGCCAUGUGUGUUUCUUUGUUACAUGGAUACUCUAAAACUAACACUUGGUCUCUGAGACCAGCCCAAGAUUUGUUUUGUAUUCUGAAACUCGUCUGGUUUCUCAAGAGAAGAGUUCAUUCAGAAGGGCCGGACUGUGGCAUGGUGUACUCAUUAACUUUAUGCUGCAAAAACAUUUGGGGAAUGUUGAUCUCUUUGAAUUAAUUGCAAGAUAUUUUAUUGUUGGACCAAAAUUACAUAGGAAAUAGAUUCUUUAAGCAAUGCAAAAUAACAACAGUGAAAAAAAGAGAGAGAAAAAAACACACAUUGAAUAUGAUGUCUAGGUAACUGAUAUUUGCCAGUUGUCAUACUACACAGUGCCUUGAGAUCUCUUCGAACACACACAUACACACAUACAGUACAUAUACACACACUGCAAGAUACUUGUCUGACACUUCUUUACAGACUCCCAAAAUCCUUAUAAAGUCCCUUCCUAUCUACCCCCCCCCCACACACACACACACACUCCAACUCAUACACACCUGACCCAGUUGUGUUAUUUCUGCUUAGCUCCUCAGUGACCCCGUCAUGGUGUAAGGGAAGAGGUGGAUGUGGUAGGUUAAGUGGGAGUAGGGGGUUGUGUUAAGUCCAACCUGCCAAAUGCCCCCUGCAAGGACCCCACCCCUCAUCAGGCCUGCUGGCCGCCAUUGAUUUGUUUACGACAAUGUAAAAUAACUUUUUUUUUCUGCUGAAUGUUUUGAUUUGAAUCGUUUGUUUUGAUUUCUUUUUUUAGUCAAAAAAAGUGCCAAGUUAAUGGGUGUUUGUUUCUGCGUUCAUGUUUUUUGUUUCGUAUUCCUCCAUGCAUAUUUAUUUAAAACGAUGACUAUGAUGAUAAUAAUGUAAGAUAAUACGUUGGCGAAAGCACUGGAGCGUAUUUGGUUUUCCUUCUGUGAUUGUAAGAAUGGAAAGGAAAGGGUGAGCCUUUGGUUACACCCCCCCUUCCCCACCCCUCUUCUUCAUUUGGAGUUAUGUUCUUUCAGUGAUUGCAUCAUGUUACAAAGAGGAGCAGCUUGUCUGCUUUCAGUUUUGUUUUUGUAUUUUUUUUUUUUUUUAUCUCCAGUGGGAUGAAGUUUGUGAAAGUGCUGCGUCUAUCUUUACUGUACCUCUCUCACUCCCAAGUCCACCCGGCCAUUUCCUUAGCGUUGACCAUGUUGUGUGUUUUAUGGCCUACCUUGGAAAAGUAUUUCUGUGGAUUGCAAUGGCGUUGUACUGGAUUAUUGACUUUUUUUUUGUAAAACUUUGUGGAGAGUAAAAGGAAAAAAAAAGUUUUGUUUCUCUCUGUUACUCGUCCACUUCGUUACUUUCAAUAAUUGAUUUCCGCUGCGUUUGCUCACUCUGUGGGGUUUACAAAACCAUUAAAUGAAAUCUUGCUGGUUAUGCAAGAUGUUUGAAAUUG